AUGUCGUUCGGUACGAGGUUGAAGAGUUGGUUCACCAAGGUCAGUUCAAGUGGCAGGCGUUCGAUUAUGCUCUCUCCGGAUGUCGUGGCCAUUCGUCGGAGGGGGAAGGGAGGUGGGAGGGGAAAGGCCGAGGCGAGCCUGCGAUCAACCGGGGCCAGGAGGAUACAACAGCGUGUGUACGCGGGAACUUGUGACUGAAAUUUUUCGGAUGGCCCAUGUAUGCUACAGUCGUCUUCUUCUGGUACUGGGUCCAACACAAGGGAUGGGAAUCCGCAGCUGGCGUCAGGGCCGGCCUCAGCAUCCACAUCAGCACCAGCAGCAACAGCUGCCGCCGGAGCCGCGACACCGGCACCGUCGUCGGGUCAUCGUCGACGAGCGCACAACAACAGCCACAACCAAGGCUUCCCGCAGGACACGCCGAGGAAUGUCGUAUCGUCGACACCACAUCGAGCAGGGAAUAGAUCGACGCGAACUGGCGAUCACGCUACUUCCUCCGCCACGACGACCGUGAAUGGGGGCUCUGCUGCUGCUGGCCAGCCGGCGCCGAGGAGGAGACGACGAAGAAGAAGACGGGCGUCCAGUCCCGUCGGACUGCCACUCUACUCGGCCUCACCAGGCGACGAUGAGAUGUCCUUGUUCAAAGGAGCGGAUGUAUCGCGCGUCGACCUCAACGACGACGGCGCCUCGGACAACGAUCAGAGGGGUCUCGACACCGACGACGAUUCCGAGCGAGUCGAAGACUUGGACCCGGGUGGGGCACCGCUCACCGCCGGAUCGAGGUCGAUGGCCUCGAGCGUCUUCACCGUCCCUUUGGUCGGCGGACGUGCUCGAUCAGGUAGUGAUGCACCUUCCAUCACCUUGUCCUUAUUCGAGCCGGGGUUCGGGUCGCCGCUCGAGUAUGUUUCGCCACCGGGCUCGGCCUCGGUCUCGACGAGCGAUCUGAUGAGGGGGCCAGCACCGCCUCCUCUGCCCGGCGCUGUCGCCUCGACCUCGGCUCGACCGAUCGUGCACCGUUCGACCCAAUCGUCUCCCAGCGCCACACCCCUCCUCAACUCGCCCCACUCCCCCUUCUCGACCUCCCCCGUCUCGACGCGGGCACGUUCCUCGACGCUACGAUCCCUGUUCCGGGGUCGUAACGUUAGCUCGUCGAACCUUUCCGACAGCCCUCCGGGCAACAGCUCCAUUGCCGUCGGUCGGUCCCCAUACGGCCAGGGACCAGGAUUCUCCUCUUCUCCCCCAUCUACGCGUGCCGCCUCUGGCUCAACGACCUCCAUCCGCUCAACCCUUUCCAUCUCGGCUCCUCUACAACACACCUUGGUUUCCUCGUCCUUCGUCUUUCCCAAAUCGGGCCCAACGGCUUCCCAAAUCGCCUUCAUCUCAAGUCGUGAAGCUCUCGGCGCCUACGGCUACGGAAGAGGCGCCGAAUCCGCUCCUUCAAUUGAUGAUGAUCCAGAAAGCAUCGGAGGGGCGUUGUCCCCACCCCCACCAUUCGAAGAUUCACCUCCGCUCUCGGCGUCGUCGUCGUUGAGUCCGACACCCUCCCCCAACGCGAUGACGAUGACGACGACGAUGAACAAUGGAUCGCUGAGUGCCCCAACUUACCCGCUGGCGGGAAUGACGAGGGGGUCCAGAAGCGCUUCCGUUUCGAGUCACAUGUCGUCCAGUCCUUUAUCGAGGGUGCAUACGCAAAGUGGGGACGAGGACGAGGAGGACGAAGAUCAAGACGAGGUCGGGGACGACCGAGAUGAAGGAGCGGAAUUCUCAAGAUCUGGAACGGGCGCUUCGACAAUGACCGUUCGACCUGGACCUGGGGUCGGUGUUGCAGCGGCAGCGAGGAUGAGCGAUGAUCCGACCCUCGUGAUCCGAGGCACCGGUGCGGUCGUGCCGUACAAUGAUCUGGAAGAGGAAGAGGACGAGACGAUCCUGCACCGGGGUGAGGCUUCUAUCGCGCCAUGGGAUCGAACUGUAUCUGAAAACACGCCCAUGACGACUCCAAGGAUCGCUCAACUCGAACCCGAAUUCGAAUUUGCCAGCGACGAAACCAUCGAGACACGAUCCGCCUCAUUCUCAACUUCCCCACCCAACGGUCCAUCCCUUCGCAUCGAAUGCGCUCCCACCAUUCCGAAACCCUCCCCAGCGCACGGUCUAGCACCUCUCGUCUUGUUGAGUACCACCACGCCAAUCAGUCCACUGUUCCCUACCACGCCAGGUGGUACGGCGGUGCUAUUACCUUCUGAACCGACAACGAGUGUUUGA